AAUACAGCUGCUGGUGGAGAUUGAUAAUGAAAUGAAAACGGCCAACACUUCGUUUCAUUUCAUUACACUCUUAAGCUUCAGUUGAUCAUAACUUAAAACUGAAACUGAAGCGUAUAAGAGAACAUUUUUUGUUUGACAUAGUGCUACAACUUACUUAGUUGUUACUUGCAUGCCAAAUUUGUCUUAAAUUAAGACAUGCACUUUUACUAGAAGAGGAAUAUUGGAAAUAUUUUGAAAUUAAAGAUAAGAGUGAGCAAAUUAAAAUCAUAAUUAUACAGGAAAACUACAUAUCUUGUCUUGGGAAGAGUGACAAAUUGGAUUGAACUACUUCGCCGUACUUUAGAAAGAUGCGUACGACAACUGCAUUGGUGGCAGGCAUACUCUGUCUCAGUUUGUUGCCUUUCAUCAACUCUGACGAGUUGCAGUGGGACGAGCUGAUAUUUACGCAGGAGUGGGGUUUCGCCGCCUGUCGCCAAUUUAAAGACCGAUUAGGUCCUGGCUCCGAGAAAAGGUGCAGAUUUGAGGGAAAGCCAUCAAUUUGGUCUGUCCAUGGGAUUUGGCCUACUAAAGAAGGGUCACAGGGGCCUAAUUUUUGCAAAAAAGUGAAAUUCGAUAUUAAUGCACUCAACCCCAUUCUUCCUGAUCUAAACCAAUACUGGUAUGAGAUCGAUGAUACCAAAGACGCUCAUCAUUUUUGGGAACAUGAAUGGCUCAAACAUGGUUCCUGUGCAAUGGAACUUGACAUUUUUGGAACAGAACUAAAAUACUUUGGGGAAGGCGUAGCUCUUCGGAACAAACUCGAUCUUUACACCAUUUUAAAAUCUGGUGGAGUCAUCCCAAGUCCAACAGCGGGGUACAAAUUGAACGACAUUCACAAAGCGUUUCAACAAGCACUCGGAAGCGAGACUGCCAUUCCAUACGUUCAAUGUCUGAGAACUACGAACCAAGACGCAAAUUCUUUGGAAUAUCACAUGCUCGCGAUUGAAAUCUGCUUAGACAAGGAUCUCAAAGUUUUAGAUUGCUCGAGAGAACAGAGUCGCGAUGUUUCCGCAAUGUAUGGAGACCAAGCGGGCCCAUGCCCUGCUGAUGGCCCCAUUUUGUACACCGACUACAAUUUUCAAAGAGGUUCCAAAAUUAAAAGUCAUCACAGAAUGAAACCGUUUUUUGCGAAGAAUCUCCCACUUCCUUCAAAAUAUUGGAAUAAGCUAAAAUCACAAAUACCCAUCGAUCUCUAUGGGACUCAAUCAUUUCUGAAAAUGUUUUAUAUGUAUAAAUAUCAAAAAUAAUUUAUUGUUUUUAUCAGUAAUUAGCAAAUGGAAUAAAAUCCGUAUGAAAUAAAAAAUUAUUGGCUUCACAAUUUA